CCCAACACUUAACCGGAUGACUCUUCAGUGUUUCGCUCAUGUUCCGACGUAUCCAUAAAAACACAUGGCAUGGCAUGGCAUGGCAUGCAAGGAAAUGCUUGCGCUACUACAUGUAGCAGCGGGCAGCUCAGCCAACCACUGGUCGAGGCUCUCGCCAAGUACAUAACAUACAUCACCCAUCCCCGUGGUCGACAUCAGUGUUUCAAAAAGACACUCCAGUGGCAGGCCAUAUGAAGCCGACCCUCGCCCUCUACAUGCAGUCACGGAGUACACCAACCAAUCGCAGCAUGCAGCAAAGAGCCUGACACACGCGCACAAAACAACGAUCAGAGAGGGAGGGAGGGAGGGAGGGAGGGAGGGGAUUUCCGAUAUGAGGGAUGCAUGUGCCUCAUAUCAGAAAUGGCCCUCCUUGCCCUGCCUUUCCUGUCCUUGCCUUUCCUCUUGAGCCAUGCAGGUACGUCAGUCACGUGCAUACGUAUGUCAGUCAUGUGUAUAGGGAGCGAUUGAUCUCAUACCCGCAACACGCAUGCCAUGCCAUGCCAUGCCAGGCGUGUGUACAUGUACACACCACAGUCUGUGUACUGUACACACACCCUCACCCUCACCCUCACCCUCACAUCUCAGUCAGACAGGCAGACAGACAGACAGACAGACAGGUAAAAAAUCCUACGAUGGUUUAAAGGCAUGUAUGUCUGCCUGUCUGUCUGUCUGUCUGUAUAUGCCCCACGUAAGUCCUUUCUUUGACCACUUCGGUGGAUGCGGUGCGGCCCUCCCCUCCCCUCCCCUCCGCGCGUUGCACGAAAGCUGCCCGUCCUUGUGUUUAGGACUCACACACCGUGCAAAGCCAACCACAGCAAUGCCUCAUACAUGCCAGACAAAAAGAGGGCGUGCAGACAUCAGAGGAACAAAGUCUACGUGCGCACCCCCAUACCACCAUCUCAGUUGAAAGGACGAGUGUGAAGGUGGGGCGCGCAAGGCCUUGCGUACUGCGGUCGGUGUGUCUACCUACCUGUCUGUCUGUCCGUCUGUCCGUCCGUCUGCCUGUCUGCUUGGCUACACUAAAAGCGAGAGCCUACACGUGAACACGCACGCAACCAGCCAAGACCUUACUUACACCGCAUUCAGUCGAGAUUGACUGACUGACUUCCCCUCCCACCCCUCCGCUCCCUGAGCAACAUGAAUACUCCCUCCCUCCCUCCCGACCGUAGGGACGGACGAGUGAGCAGAGGUGGGAUACACUAGCUAGCUACACUCACACGCCGCCAUCCGAGUAGGAGGGUGGCAGCACGUCAGGCGGGCCAUGCCCGUGGCCAUGCCCAUACUCGCCCCACCACGCCCCACCGUGCAGCUCAGGCACACUCACAGAGAUGGUGGCGUCCUCAUGGGGAUGCAUGCAGUCGCCGCCAGCAUUGCCACUGUCAUUGCUGACGACGAUGCGGCGCUCCCUCCCCCAGUAGCCGUCAGACAUCGGCGAUGGCAGCCGGGUGGGCGCCAGAGGCGGCAGCGAUGGCUCGUCCGUCUCGCCCAUCUCUUCUUGGCACACCACCUCUGAUCCAUCCAUCCAUCCACACCACACACAGCCAUGAGCCUCUCUCCCUGUCUCUGUCUGUGUGUGUGCUGUCUUUGCAAACUCACCUGGUGCGUCCGCUUCCUCCUCUGUGGACCACUCAGUUGGUGGCAGUGUCCGCGUGUCUGAAUGACCCGGCAUGCCGGGAGGCGUGCUGUUGGGCUGCGGGACCCCGCUGGAGAUCGGCUCGAAGGGCGGGCCGUAGAAUAGGAAAUCCCGGAAACCGACAAACACCAGCGCAGGAUCGUCGUCCUCGGCCCAGGCAAAAAUGUGACACUGACAAGCGGACGGAGGGAGGGAGCGAGCCAGACAGCGCACAUGGCAUGGGUUGGCUGGUUGGUUGGGGUGUGCGUGUGUCUGCCCUGCCCUCUCACCUACCUCAGCAGCCUGUCUGUCAGGCUGUCUGAGCAGCCGCACGUUGGCCUGCAGAGGCUCCUGGUCCUCGGCCUUGACGGCCUUAAGCCGCCGCAGCGUGUCACGGUCGAACAGCUGCGCAAGCGGCACACCUGCACCAACACCACACCACACCACACCACACCGCACACACAGAGACAGGAGCUCGUGUGUAAGUCCCUGCAGGUAUGUAUGGCUGCCUGACACAUACACACACACUGCCUGACCUUCAAGGACGCGCUGCUGCCACAGAUUGAGGAGUGAGCUGGACUCGAUGAGGACCUCCUCCUGGAUGUCGAUCAGAGCGGUCGCCUCGAGCAGCGUGUCGGUGGUCUUCAUGUAGCGCGAGAGCAGCUGUCGGUCGCGCGACUCGACACAGCGGCGGUCCGUGACAUCCUGGAUAAAGCCGUAGACGAUGGGCGAUGUGUCGCUCUCCUUCCGCCCGGCACACCUGAACCACCGACACUUGCCGUCGCUGCGCUCGUACAUCAGCUGCAUGGACGCACACAGCGCAUGGCAGACACACACAUGGAUGGAUGGAUGGAUGUACCUCCACUUCGAAGGCCCUCCCCUCGUCGGCACACUUGCGGAUGGCGUCGUUGAUCUUGGUCUUGCCCUCGGAGCCGACCACGAACUGCGUCCAGAAGCCCGAGAAGAAUCCUUCCUCCCCCUCCCGGCUGUCCUCUCUAUCAAUCUGCACCAGCAGCUGACACGGCUCCUCCGCAACACGCUCGCGAAAGAUCCUCACAGAUGGGGGCAGAAUGCGCCUCUGGUGCUGGUGGACGGCGGCCGGCAACAUGUAACCAGUCUGGUUCUGGUCUCGCUCGAUCAUGCCGCUGCAGGAGUAGAAGCAGCCGUCCUCUGUGGUAGUCUCCGACGGCACGUGCAUGUUGACGUCGGCCGCCUCGCUCAUCGGCCGUAAAGGGAUGAUGCCCACCAUGUCCGAGUGCCUCGAGUGCCUCGGGGAGGACGGCUGCUGCCCCUCCACACACACCACCGGCAGGGAGCUGUCGUCUCGGGUGGUCGCUGCAUCAGUGGAUAGCUGCGGCGUGGAGGAACGAGGCGGCAUGCACUGCUCCUUGGUGGGCGUCCUUGCAGCGGCCUUGAACAGGUUCAAGAAGGAGGAGGGGCUCCUGCGCUUGUUGGGCCUCAUGAGACGCCACUUGCGUAACCGCGGCCACCAGUGCGAAAGGCACAGCCACCUGCUCCUGGCUGAGCCGCUGGUGCCCUUUGAGGUCUCCGAUGCUGGCUUGGGUGUGGUCGGGGCGGUGGACGACGUUUCUGGUGGUGGCUUGUAGACCGCCGGGCGGCCGGUGAGGACCUCGAUGAUCUUAGUCUGGUAGCAGGUGUCAGGCCGCUUGGUCGUGUCCCACUCCCUGCGGACCAGACAACGGAUGGAAAAAUGGCCCCCAUGCAAAAGUGUGUGUGUGUCCAUGCGCUCUCUGUUUGCUGUCUGUCUGUCUGUCUGGGUGGCUGACCAUGCAGCGACCCCGAUCAUCGAGGCGAACCCCUCCAGCAGCCGAGACUUCUGCUCCUUCUCGCGGAGGGCCUGCUCCUUCUGGAAGAGUGCAGAGCGCGAGACGAGCUCCAUCUGCCGGCUGCCCACGGCAAACAAGAUGCACAAGACUGCACACACACACAACACACAAGCACAUGGGUGUGCGGCCGAGCGAGUGUGUGUGUGUGUGUGUGUGUGAUAGACUGGCUUACCGGCGAAGGCCCACCCCAUAUGUGGGUUGAAGCCCAUCUCCCAGUAGCACAGCCCCAUCCCGACCACAAAGUGCAAGAGGAUCAGGCAGGACGUCUCGAAGGAGUGGCACUUGAUGAUGAGCCAUAUGGCGAACAGCAGGUACGUCUGUGCGAAGGGGGCGAACUGGUACCGCUGGAAGCGCAUCGGGCCCAUGGCCCACACGAAGCCCUCAUCCUCUUUGUACGUCCAUCUGCCCUGGAAGGCCGCCGCGCCGGCCAGCAAAAAGAACAGAGCGAAGGUCAGGUUCCACUCGAUGCGGUUGUACUGCAGGGUGCGCUCCUGCACUGAUGUCGCCUUGUUCCGCGCCAGCCGCGUGACGUAGAGGGUCUUGAGCCGUUUGCCGAGCAGCAGGUGGAGGACGGCCAUCAGAGAGAAGCUGAUGAAUAUGGUGGAGCGGGUGACCUGAAGCCAUCGAAGGGAACCAGACGGACAGGCAGACAGACAGAGGCACACAGGCGUGAUGCACACCGGUCCUCUCUGCCCAGAGUGAGUGGCCGACUCACUGACUCACUGACCAUUAUGAGAAAGGUGUCAAACUUGGAGAUCAGGCGCAGGGCAAACCACACAAGGUGGAUCUGAAUGACACACGCACAGAGAGAGGCACACGAACAUAACAGCUAGUGUGACGGGUGCUUGUCGACGCUGAAUGAAUGCGUGUGUGUGUGUCAUGCCCACCCACCAGGGCGACAAGGAUGCCAAUCGACUUGAAGCAGUCACAGAAGUCUUCGUGUGCCGACAGCAGGUAUUUCCUCUCCAUCUCGGGGUCUGCAAAGCGGUACUUGAGCGUGGGGAACCAGCGCCAGACUGACUCGCACCCAAUGGCCCUCCAGCUGCCCUGCCCGAUGCACUCGCUGAGCAGGCGAGAGCAGCAGCAACCGCCGCCACACUCAUUGUCCUUCCUCCCUGUCACCGAGCCGUCUAGAUCUUCACUCAUCUCAUCUAUCGCCUGAGCCGUCCUGCUCCUCAAGGAUCAGUGGGAAUGAUGAAAUAGUGGUGCCUGAGAUUGGUCCUUUGCGAUGGAAGUCC